AUGGGAAAGAAACUUAAAAGAAAGGAGCUCCAACAACCUCAACCUAAUAAGGUCAGAAAGCUGCGGAGCGACCGGAGUCCUGUAGAGCUCCAUGUACACAAUCUGCAAACUGGCUCCCGAUACCAAGACACGCUUUAUCACAGAGCCAUCAAGGGUCUGUGCUGCAAGCCGAAAGUGUGCGAGGGCUCCGUAUUGAAUCCAAAGUCUCUAACUCGCCCUCCUCCCGCUUCCCCUCCUUCAACCAAUAAGCUCAUCGCACAGGCAAUCGACUUCAUUAACGAGUACCACAAAUCCUUUAAAAGCUCUAAAAUAGACGAGCAUUUGGCCCGGGUUAAUGAGGUUGCUCAAGAGAUUGAUGUCACCGGAUCUUAUCAGCUCACUACUGAAGAGCUGGCGUUUGGAGCCAGGCAGGCUUGGAGGAAUGCACCCAGGUGCAUUGGCAGGAUCCAAUGGUCCAAUUUGCAGGUGUUUGAUGCACGGGAAUGCAGAACAGCAAAGGACAUGUUCCAGUUUCUGUGUGCUCAUCUUCAAUUUGCUUCUAAUGGAGGAAACCUAAGGUCAGCUAUUACCGUGUUUCCUCAAAGAACAGACAGACAGCAUGAUUUCCGAGUUUGGAACAGUCAACUCAUUCGAUACGCUGGCUAUCAGAUGGAGGACGGACAUAUUAUAGGAGACCCCGCUAACGUCGAAUUCACCGAGAUUUGUGUCCAACUUGGAUGGACACCAAAGUACGGGCCCUUUGAUGUUCUGCCACUGCUCCUGCAGGCCAACGGAGAAGAUCCUGAGCUGUACGAAAUUCCAGCAGAGUUGAUACUGGAGGUUCAAAUAGAGCAUCCAAGGUAUGAAUGGUUUAAAGACUUGAACCUGAGAUGGUAUGCUGUACCUGCAGUGUCCAACAUGUUGCUGGAGAUCGGGGGUCUUGAGUUCACAGCAUGCCCCUUUAAUGGCUGGUACAUGGGCACUGAGAUUGGUGUGAGGGACUUCUGCGAUUCUCAGCGCUACAACAUGCUGGAGAAAGUUGGACGCUGUAUGGGUUUAGAUACACACAAGCUGUCAUCACUGUGGAAGGAUGAGGCUCUGGUUGCCGUCAAUGUUGCUGUGAUUCACAGUUUUCAGAAAAACAAGGUGACAAUCACAGACCACCAUUCUGCCACCGAGUCCUUCAUGAAGCACAUGGAGACUGAAUUACGCCUUCGUGGUGGCUGUCCUGCUGACUGGAUCUGGCUGGUGCCUCCCAUGUCUGGUUCUCUGACCCCUGUGUUCCACCAGGAGAUGAUCAGCUACAUCCUGUCCCCCUUCUACUACUACCAGCCUGAUCCUUGGUUAACGCAUGUAUGGAAGGAUGAAAAGAAACAACUGAAGAAGCAAAGAAAAUUAAGCUUCAAAGGUCUGAUAAGGGCAGCGGUUUUCUCUCAAAUACUGAUGAAAUCUGUGUUAGUAAAGAGAGUCCCCUGCACCAUUCUCUACGCUACGGAAACAGGAAGAUCACAGACCUUUGCCAAAAAGCUCAAAUCAAUGCUCAGUUGUGCAUUUAACCCCAGGCUACUCUGCAUGGAGGACUAUAAUUUCCUGGACCUUGAGAAAGAGUGUCUCGUAAUGGUGGUGGCCAGCACAUUCGGUAGUGGGGACUCCCCAGGAAAUGGACAGAUAUUCAAGAAGCACCUUUUCAGCACAAAAAAACUCAAAAACAAAUUCCGGUACAGUGUUUUUGGCCUUGGCUCCCGCAUGUACCCGCAGUUUUGUGCGUUUGCCCAUGCUGUGGAUGAAAAGCUUGCGGAAUUGGGCGCCAAACGAGUGACUUCAAUAGGAGAAGGAGAUGAGCUCAACGGGCAGGAAGAGGCCUUCUCCAUCUGGGCUUGCACCAUGUUCAAGGCUGCAUGUGAGGAGUUUGGGAUUGAGAGUCCUGUCUUAUGGGCAGAGCAUCUAAAAGACAGCUGGGACCCACUAAGACACCGGGUGCAGCCUGACAGCAGCUCCUUUGAACGCAUAAGAGCUCUUUCUGCACUCCACUCUAAGACGGUGUUCAACAUGAAGCUAAAGAAAAGAAAGAAUCUACAAAGUUCACGAUCAAGCUGCUGUACUUUACUGGUUGAACUGGAAGUUGGGGAUAACAAAAAAGAGGCUUUGGACUAUGCUCCAGGUGACCAUGUAGGUGUUUUUCCUGGGAAUUCCCCUGAACUGGUGAGGGAGAUUCUGAAGCGCCUCCCUAAUGCCCCUCCCACCAAUCAGAGCAUCCAACUUGAAUACCUACCUGAGACCUGCUCUGCAAGCGCAAAAUGGAAAACAGAUUCACGAAUCCCAGCAUGCCCUCUUGCCAAGGCUUUUACAUACCUCUUGGACAUUACCACCCCACCUUCUCAAAGCUUCUUGCACAAGCUUUCACUGAUGGCUAAACAGGAGGAGGACCGGCAACGCCUGAUGACUCUUGCAAGGGACUUCAAGUGCUACUCAGAAUGGAAAGCAUUUAGUAUGCCCAAUUUCCUGGAGGUUCUCGAAGAGUUUCAUUCCCUGGAGCUUUCUGCAGCCUUCCUCCUCAGCCAGCUACCUCUCCUAAAGCCCCGCCUCUACUCUGUCAGCUCCUCCCCAGACCUCCACCCUCACGAGCUGCACCUCACCGUGUCAGUGGUCAACUACCGUACACAGGGUCCUCUGCAUCAUGGUGUCUGCAGCACAUGGCUUAACGCUCUCAAAGAGGGCCAACUGGUUCCCUGCUUUAUUCACAGAUCCAGCAGGUUCCACCUUCCACCAGAUCCAAGUUCUCCUACUAUGCUGAUUGGAGCAGGCAGUGGUAUUGCACCUUUCAGGAGUUUCUGGCAACAGCGCUUCCAUGACAUGAAAACAACAGGCCUGAAGGGCAUUCCAAUGACGCUGGUAUUUGGAUGUCAUGCAGUGGACAUGGAUCAUCUUUAUAAAGAUGAGGCUUUGGACAUGAGAGUAAAUGGCACGCUAAAAAGCAUCAUUCCAGCAUACUCCUGCCAGGCUGGGCUCCCCAAAGUGUAUGUUCAAGAUGUCUUGAAGAAGCAGCUUAGUGAAGAGGUUUGGCAGGUCUUGUACCAGAGCACUGGACAUCUUUAUGUAUGUGGUGGCAUGAGCAUGGCUCGAGAUGUUGCACACACUAUACAGGAGAUCCUGGGUAAUCGUUUGGGCAUAACCCUCAUCCAAGCUGGGGAAUAUCUGGAUCAAUUAAAGGUUGAGAACAGGUACCAUGAGGAAAUAUUCGGAGACUAACACAGCUUCAACGUCAACAUUCUAAAACUCGCCCUCUGAAGAACAGGAGCUACGGAAUAUUUAACAAAAUACUGCAAUGUUAACAUACCUGUAUUUCCAAACUUGUCUUUA